AUGUUCUUAGAGAAAUGUGCACUUUUAGUACUGUUAUUUCAUACGGCAUUUGGUCAAUCAAGGGUAGGCCCCUUAGUUAAAACCAGUGUAGGUGUGAUAAAGGGUUUAAAAGCUGAAGAUGGCGAUUAUUUGAUGUUUCUUGGAAUACCGUUUGCUCAAGUCGAUGCAGACAAUCCAUUUGGAGCGGCAAAACCAUACCCAGCAUUUGAGAAUACUUUCGAAGCGUACAAACCUAUAAGAAACGCUCCAAUAAUACUUGCAGAAUAUUUAGGUUAUUCAACCAAAGACAUGGAUAAAGCUCUAAAAUUUUUAGCAAAAGCGAAUAGUCAGUUAGUGAUGCAAAGUGUAAAGAAACUAGGAUUAGAUGAUAAUUUUAGACCAUGUAUUGAAAAAAAAUUUGAGGGCGUCGAAAGUUUCAUUACAGAGAACUGGAUUACAGCAAAUAUUCCUAAAAUUAAAAAUAUGCAAGUUCUUAUUGGCUUCAACAACGAUGAACUACAUUUUGCGCACACGUUCGAAGAGGAUGAAUUUUAUAAAAAACGUAACACGCUUAAAUAUUAUCUGCCUCGGGGUUUUGAUACCAGCGCCGAUGACUUUAAAGGUAUGGAAGAAAUAGUGCGUCAUUUUUACUUUGGUGAUGAACCAAUGAGCACAGCAGUCAAACGAGGUGUCAUAGAUUUUGAAUCCGACUUUCUAAUGGUUCAUCCCACUUAUAGGAGCAUUUCAAAGUACUUGGAUAAUGAGGCAGGAGAUAUAUUUUUUUACUUAUUCUCGUACGUUGGAGAAAGAAAUUAUUUAAAAUAUUUUCUCAAUUUAACUGAGGCCACAGGGGCGGCUCAUUGUGAUGAAACUGGGUAUAUAUUUGAUAUAUCAUAUAUGAAGAAUGAUUCGAUAAACUUGAACGAUCAAAUGAAAAUAGAUCAAACGACCACAAUGAUUGCCAACUUCGUUAAAUUUGGGAACCCAACGCCAGAAGUAACAGAGCUACUGCCCAUUACCUGGAUUCCUGUAACCAACAAAUUAGAGACACCUUGCCUUAACAUUGACACUGAAUUGAAACUUGAACGUCGACCAUUUACGCAACGCGUAACGUUCUGGGAUCUUUUUUACAAAGUGAAUGCACAUCUUCAAAUAGUUUACCCAAGUGCUAAAGUUGUAUUGUCUGACAAUGACCAACCAGUUAAUCCCAAAACAGAGCUUUGA